AAAGUGGACGUCAUAAUCUGUCGCAGUUUAAAUUAUGUUGUGCUCCUCGUUGCGUCGCAUUCCAAAUGAAUGCUCGAUAAGUAAUAGAUUAACAUUGAAUAAACUUCAAAGUGAUGUUUCUCCUAAAUAUUAACAUCUGGUAAUGCAAUACAAAUGAAAGAUUUCAAUCAAUAAUAAGAUCGCAGCCGAACGCAUACAUCUCGUCUCCUCUUGCUCCCAGCUUCCUCAACUAAACCGAAACUCUCCGACCUUGAAUCUCCUCCGAAUGCAUCGUCCACAGAAGCUGGCGCCUUAUCAUCGCUACCUCCAGCAGCUGAAUUGCCCUCAUCAUCGCCAGAGACAAUCUCUCGUUUGGACAGCGAUCCGGUCCUUAUCAACAAUCUCGUGUAGCUGAUAUUGCGCUUCAGCACCGUUCGAAUCGUCUGGCAGUCUUCAUCUGUACUUCAGUUGUGAUGUUCCACUUUCAUUGACGGGCGGCUAUGUGAUUCUCGAGUGGACAUCAUGAGUGACGAAGGGGUAGUGAUGCCGUCGGCUCCCGUUGAACGGUGGUACCACAAGAUCACCGUGGAGCCGUCGAUGUUCCUGUACAUGAUGGCGUUCAUGCUGACGUCGGUGAUCGAGCAGGUGUUCUUCCUGUACAAGGCAUGCACGGUGAAUCACGGAUAUUCACAUGAUAUCUGCAUCAAUAUUGAAAGCUACCAGGAUAUCAAGAAGGAGGUUCAAAUAACGACUUCAAAUUUCCACAUGUGGAAUAACAUAGCGAUGUAUGUGGUACCGAUCGUGUUGGCUUUGUUCCUGGGAGCGUGGUCCGAUCGCAGAGGUCGGAAACUUCCCCUGAUCUUGGGGUUAAUUGGGAAGUUUGUGUACUCGGUGAUGAUCGUGGUCAAUACUCGAAUGGAAACGUGGCCUGUGGAAUAUAUCAUCUACACAGCUACGAUACCAAGUGUUCUGACGGGAGCAGACAUUGCCAUCUUUGCGUCCUGUUUCGCGUACAUCUCGGAUGUUACAACGGUAGCGGAUCGAACCUUCAGGAUCACCAUCCUCGAUGCAACAUAUCUGAGCACGAUGCCCAUCGGAGUUGCCAUCGGUUCCCUAAUCUACAAUCGUACUGCCAGAUCGUUUACGAUCAUGUUCGCGAUCAAUGCUUCGUUGCUACUCCUCUCGAUCAUCUACUCCAUCAUUCGACUCAAAUCUCGUACUACCGAUCGGCAAGUAUCGAUCACAGAACUGCGCUGGUAUCGCAUGCCCGGUGACUUCUUCGACAAACAACACGUCGUCACAUCGCUGAAGACGUUCUUCAAAAAGCGCACCAUGAACCGGAGGAUCUACCUCUACAUACUCAUGGUCGCCAUGUCAUUCUACACAUUCCAACGGGACGAAAAACCGAAAAUGUACCUGUACACUCAACUGAAGUUCAACUGGAAUGCCGAUCUGUACAGCUACUUCAAGACGUACCAAUCGGCUGCUUACGUGGUGAUGAUGUUCCUUGGAGUACCGUUCUUUACUAAGAUUCUCCAGAUGAAGGAUACAUUCAUCAUCAUGAUCGGCGCCACCGCCCAUGCCAUGGCUCGCUUUGUCUACAUCUUUGCCGAAGUGGAUUGGCUUCUGUACGUCGGUGCGUCCAUUUCAAGUCUUGGUCCGGUCGUGGCACCGGUUCUUCGAUCGAUGAUUUCAAAGAUGGUUCCCACGACCGAGCGGGGCAUCAUCUUUUCGUUCCUGUCCGUGUUUGACAAUGCCGUUCCCCUGGUGAGUGGAGUUUUGUAUACGCAGAUCUACAACGCGUCCAUAAACAGCUUCCCGCAGGCGUUCUUCCUGCUGACCAUGGGAACUCAGGCCGUGGUGUUCCUGUUGACGAUGGGUGUUCACAUUGCUCUACGAGGAAAAACAUUCGAGGAGGGAACCACAGAGAAUCUGAACGGGCUCAUAGAAGGAGAGAAGCUACCCGCUAGUAUUGGAAUAGCUGCCGAGGAGAAUGAAUAAAACCUUGAUAUUGUUCAAUGUUCUUCAUAAACAGUGAUUAUAAUUCAUCGAAACUGGCUUCGUCUUAUAGUGAUAAAUCACACGGUUGCGAAUAGAACUCUGUCACAUCCAAAACGGUCAUGAAUGGCAUUAAAAAUUUCACAUAUGGAGCAAUAUGAUUAUGUCGAAAGAAAAAAGACAAAUUUCUUCAAACCACUUAGUUCACAAGCGUAGAUAAGAGUAUUCAGUGCAUGAGGAAGAAUUAUUAGCUUUAUAAAUUCCGUACUUUAUAU